UUCACUAGCUAGCAAUUGACUAGUCUUAUAUUAAUGAUCUUUAUCACAUGAUGAAGCUCAACCAAAUUUUUAUUAAAUCGAAUUUCAAGAGUUGAGGAGGAGUAGCUAAGAAACAAGUUAGAGUUAGUUUAGUAGCUGUUUGACUUCCAUGGUGCCGAUAUUAGAAGCCGUACACAGUCAAAGUUGAAAACCAACACAAUAUCUCAAUCUCAACUCAGUGAAGAACUCCCCCUCCCUCCUUUUCCCAACCUUAAAUACCUCAUCUCUUCCGAAUUCCCCCAAAUUCCUUCACGCGUAAACCCCCCACAUUCUCGCCUGCAUUAUCAACAAUCACCCAAUCCAUCACAAUCAGCGCCGAAGGAACUGUCGGUGCAAGCAAUGGCGACCGCCAGAGUAGAUCUCGACGGCAAUCCGAUAAAGCCGAUCACCAUAUGCAUGAUUGGCGCCGGCGGCUUCAUCGGCUCGCACCUCUGCGAGAAGCUGAUGGCGGAGACGCACCACAAGGUUCUGGCGGUGGAUGUGUACAGCGACAAGAUCAAGCACCUCCUCGAGCCGUCGUCGCUGCCCUGGGCGGAUCGCAUCCAGUUCCACCGCCUCAACAUUAAGAACGAUUCUCGCCUCGAAGGCCUCAUUCGGAUGUCGGAUCUUAUCAUAAAUCUUGCUGCUAUAUGCACUCCAGCAGAUUACAAUACGCGCCCGCUUGACACGAUCUACAGCAACUUCAUUGAUGCUCUCCCCGUGAUUAAAUACUGCUCGGAAAAUGGAAAGCGCCUCAUUCAUUUCUCCACUUGUGAAGUAUAUGGGAAAACAAUUGGUUGCUUUUUACCCAAAGAUAGCCCAUUGCGGCAGGAUCCUGCUAACUAUGUUCUAUCAGAAGAUUCCUCCCCUUGCAUAUUUGGCCCCAUUGAGAAACAGAGAUGGUCAUAUGCAUGUGCAAAGCAGUUAGUUGAGAGGUUGAUAUAUGCUGAGGGUGCUGAAAACGGUCUUGAAUUUACAAUUGUGAGACCCUUCAACUGGAUUGGACCCAGGAUGGACUUUAUACCUGGAAUCGAUGGCCCAAGUGAGGGCGUUCCAAGAGUUCUUGCCUGCUUUAGCAAUAAUCUCUUAAGGCGUGAACCACUGAAGCUUGUGGAUGGUGGUGAGUCGCAGAGAACAUUUGUUUACAUCAAAGAUGCCAUCGAAGCUGUCCAUUUGAUGAUUGAAAACCCAACGAGGGCUAAUGGACAGAUAUUUAACGUUGGCAACCCUAACAAUGAAGUUACGGUCAGGCAGCUUGCUGAAAUGAUGACUCAGGUUUACUCAAAGGUUAGUGGAGAACCUCCACUGGAUACACCUACGACUGAUAUAAGCUCCAAAGAAUUCUAUGGUGAAGGAUACGAUGAUAGUGACAAGAGAAUUCCUGACAUGACCAUAAUCAACAGACAACUUGGUUGGAACCCAAAGACUUCGCUUUGGGACUUGCUUGAGUCGACUCUUACUUACCAACACCGGACAUACGCUGAAGCUGUAAAGAAGGCAACUUCAAAACCGGUGGUGAGUUAAAAAGUAUGAAACUGAGAUGCGCUGUUUCCUUCCUAUCUCCUUUUCUAGUGAUCAUUGUAUGGUUUCUUCUCUAAUGUGUCGAGUACUAUAAAUCUACGGCUUAAAACAUAACGACCUUGGAUGUGGAGGUAGGGUUGGUUUGUAAUGUUUAAGGGUGGACCUGUAUCGUGUAAAUCAUAUAGGGAAAAUCUAAAAGAAUUUUUCCUUUUAAGGGUGUUGGUUUGCCUACGUGGGAGGGAUGAUGCUAUUAUGUAUCAUGUUAGUUACCUAUGAAUUUCUCAUUAAUAUUAAUAUUGUUAUCUUGUACAA